AUGCCUGUUCCCCCCCACGCGCGCCCUCCACUUCCCCUUCGCGAGUUUUCCCCUUCCCCGUCGCCCCUUCGCCCUCGACUCCCAGCUGCUAGCACUCCCCCCCUCCUCCCUAUCACUCCCCUCCCCAUCACUAUCGCAAGCACUCCCCUUCCCCCUCGUUAUCUCUCCCUUUCCCCCCAGCUAGCACUCCCCCCCCCUCCCUAUCACUCCCCUCGCCAUCACUAUCGCAAGCACUCCCCUUCCCCCUCGCUAUCUCUCCCUUUCCCCCUAGCUAGCACUCCCCCCCUCCUCCCUAUCACCCCCCUCCCCAUCACUAUCGCAAGCACUCCCCUUCCCCAUCGCUAUCUAUCCCUUUCCCCCCAGCUAGCACUCCCCACCUCCUCCCUAUCAAUCCCCUCCCUCGUCACAAGCACUCCCUUCCCCCGUUCACUAUCACUCCCCUUCCCCAUCGAUAGCAAACCUUUCCCCAUCGCUAGCACUCCCCUACCCCAUCACUAUCACUCCCCUUCCCCCUCGCGAGCAUUUCCCUUCCCCUCUCACUGUCACUCCCCUCCUCUGUCAUGUUCUCUCCCCUUCCCCCUCGCUCGCGUGCACGUCCCCCCCCCAUGCGCUCCCUCCCCUUCCCCCGUCACUAUCACUCCCCUUCCUCGUCGCGUUCUCUCCCAUUCCCCCUCGCUAACGUUCCCGUCCCCCCCACGCACGCCCUGCCCUUCCCCUUCGCAAGCACUCCCCUUCCCUGUCGCUAACGCUCCUUUUCCCCAUCGAUAG